GGGGAGGAGCACCACUCUUGUUAAGGGACCACCAACAGGCAAGAACGCGAUACGGCGCCUCGUCUGUGGCCAGCCUUCAGGGGAGAGAACAUCCCUCGGACGCACUAGCGCUGAAUCAAUUGGAAACGCGGCAACGCUCAAAUCAUCCGCUCCGAGGAGCAGAGGGCGCUGCCGUACGACAUCCCACUGUCAACAAGGGACGUGAACAAGAAAGCGUUGUUGUAUCUUCAACACUUGUGAAGAAUAACACCAGCGGCGACUUCUCUUCCGAUGACAGCGCUUCGAUUAUAGAUAUCUUGAGUGAUACUGAAAGAGAGCAAGAAACGACGACCACAGAAGUUAGAUACAUGGACGAAGCAGAAGAUGAAGAACGUAGAAACAGCAACACUGAGGCCAUUCUUGGAAAAACUGCUACACAACCUGUAUCUACUACACAGGAUGAAAGAAAAAGUAUCGUCGGGAAUGUUGUGCAAAAAGCGCUAAAUGAUAGGACGAGUAGAACAGUGGGACUGUCGCGCAUGGCCGGGAAUGGAGUAGAAGCAGCUGCGUUGGACCGCCGACCCGAGGGUAAAAAUACUUACGAUGCUGCUGUUGUAAUCGAUGACGAGGAGGAUGACCGCGUAGUCGUGGAAAAGGGGGUUAUUGGUGUUGACGCAUCAACUACGCGAUCGGGCCCAUUGAGCAGAAAAUCAUCUAAGCCAACAACAGGCGAACAAGAUCAAGAACAAGUCUUCACGCUUAAAAAGAGUGUCGAAGACGAGCCAGCGCAGGCGACAGCGAUAAAGAAUAAAAAUGUUGCAACAAGAACAAGAGCAUCAAUUGCUCAGCGUGUUCGUGUCGUCAAGCCUGAGGAGGAGGAGGCUGUUGAGGACCCCUCAGCGCCAGAGCGUGGCGUUCAGAGAACUCCUUCGGUUGCAAACGUUGUAGAAGCACCGCUUUCGCCAUCACCGGCAACGCCGCCCACGCCACCUCGCCGCAGUAUUGCAGGUGGCAGCUUGGCGGUUCGUAAUAGCAGGCCCGUUUUGCACGAAGGCGAGCUCGUUGGGGCCACGAGUACGAAGAGGAGGGCCUCUUCUGCGACUGAAGCACCAGCUGCAACCCCCACUGUACGUCUUGCCCAGUCGCAGACAGCUGGCGCGAUUAGGGUUUCGCGUACUGGAAUCAUGAAGGCAUGCCCGACAGGGGGACCUGAAGAAGAAGACGAUGAGGAUGACGAUUUUGACGAUGGUAUGAAUGUGGACGAAGGACCCUUGGAUCUUGUAGUUCAUUUGGGCAAUAACGGUGAGGUUCGCGCUGCGCAACAGGCCGCGCAAGAACGACCGCAGUACUUCUUUCGUCAAUCGAUGGCAGUGCAAAAUCGCCAAUCAAUAGGACUGUCAAAUAAUCGCCAAUCAGGAGCCACGCAAAAUCGCCAGUCCAUGAUGCAGGCGGGUCUUUUGGGAGCCUCUGCUUUGCUUCCGCGAGCCUCGGCGAACCGGUUAUCGACACCAGGCCUUUUGGGCAUGGGGCCUAUAGGAAGCUCAGUAGCGCAGGUUGGCUUUGGCGGAAAUGCUAUAUCUGCGUCUGGAACGCGAACACCCGCAACAUACACUGGUGAAGCACCGCCCAGUCUGCUUCAGAGACCAAGUCUGAUGUGAGAUCACAGUUUGGCAUCUUCUAAGCUAAGUAUGUAUACCUGCCCACUAAAACGAAAUUUAGUUUUUGGUUUUACCUACGUUGUAAUCUUUCUACCUCCACUUAGUUUUUUGGAGAUCGUUGUUCGAUUGCUAGUUAGCAUCGAUACAGCCGCACACGCAUGGGUGGACAAAAUGCAUGGGACUGAUGGAGAAAGAGCUGAACAGACUUGAACAGAUUGUAUAGAGACAUGUUCAUCGACUGUGUGUAUAGGAACGUUCAUCACGA